AAGUCAGUCGUACCGCGGCGCGCAACCUGUUAGCGUCGUUUCCGUUGUGAACCGCGCGGGCUCCGUUUCGCUUCGACUCUCUCGCACGAUUUCUCCAUUCAACUGCGCCACUGAUAAUCCACAAUCGUUCACCUCGUCGUUACCAUUACUGAUUUCGAGAUCGGUCGAUAAUUCUGGACUUCUGGAAAAUUGUUACCGAUCGACGCAGUCAGGUCCGGGUUGACGAACCCUCCGAAGAGGCGACGUGGUUCCCGUAAAAAUGCAGCGCGGCGUUGGAACGUUCGACACAUAACCAUGCCGUGAAUAUACGAGCUAAAACACAAAGCCAAAUCACUGUCAGCGUUGAGAGGUACCAUCGGUCGAGGAACGUAAAAUCGAAAGUAUACGUACCGUUCGAUCGCGACUAAGGGGAAUCGAGUUACGAGAAAACGACUCCAAUUCUCGAACACGACUAAUCGUGUUCUUUGAAUUGGAGUUUGUUGCGAUGCAACAAACCAUUGGACACAAGUGUAUAUCAACGUGAAAUGUAAUUGGUGAUUCCAAUUAACGAUUGAUGAAUAAUCAGAUUAAUUCAUUCGUGAAGAUUGCCUAGCUGAGGGUACAGGAUACGAUCACUGAUCGAUCUAACGGUCGCGAGUGAUUAUUGCCAACGUUACUCCAAAAUAAUUACUGGUCGCGUCUGGUGCAUACGUGUUCCGGGAAUCGAGACAAGGAACGACACGAUUAAUCGGUCGUUUUGUGCGAGUCCAGUGGUGAAGAGGAAAUCGAGGCACGAAGAAACCAAAUCGAGAUCGAAUUUGUGCGCGUUGUGCAUGAGUAGUGCUACCGCGCGAUUCAGUUUAUUUUGUGCUGGCAGAGGGAACCGGAAGCCGCUAUAUUGGAGAGGAAGCGGGAAAGCGGCGUGCCGCUAUUCUGUGUACCCCGGCAGAGGCGAUCGUCGCAGCCAGAAAAUAAUGAAGAGAUGAUCGCGAGCCUACCGAUACACAGCGGCGGCGGCGGCGGCAGCGGAGGGCUGAACAGCCGCGUGGGCCGCGGAUUGGCCCUUCACAGGUCCAACUCCAGCUUGGAGCUCCCGCACAGUCCGGACCCAGCCUCUCGAGUGCCAGAAACCCCUCUCAGAAGGGAGUAUGGAUCUCACGGAAGCAUCGACGUAGUGGCGCAGUCCGUAACCGUCGGCGAGAACUUGUUCGCGAUGCUCCAGGAUCUGCGGCCAUCGUCGUCGGAUCAACGGAAUUCUGUCGGCGUGGAUUACCUGAGGCGCGUCCCCGACGGGCAGACAGUGGACGCUGACGAGGUCUGCGGUCCGACAGGUGGCUCGAGUCCCAAGCUGCGACUGAAAUUAAACAGAUUGUGGGGCGCGAAACCGCCACGAGCGAUGGAGGAGAGCUGUGGUAGCCCGGUGGUUUCGGCGGACGUCGAGGAGAGGCACAGACGACGAGCGUUCGCUCAUUACGAUUGCCAGUCCCUCACGGCGAAUCUCGGUUACGCGGCGAAAUUGAGGGGCAUCCUGCUCGCGAGGAGGAGGAACACAGCGACUGGUGCCUCGGCUGCCAGCUCCUUCAGGGCGUCUACACCCGACGAGACGCCCGAGGAAGACGCCGGCGACGGAAAAGGUAACGACCUGCUGGAAUCGUGCCCGUUUUUCCGAAACGAGAUCGGCGGCGAAGGAGAGCGAGAAGUGGGUCUUACUCGGUGCUCCCAAGGAAACGGAGUUCACAGACCGCCUUUAUCGUACGGUAUCGCGGUUUUGGAGCCAGCGCCCGGCGAAACGUUAUGGAAGCACAGUUGCCCGCUGCAGAAACGACCGCUCCCCAUCGAGAGCGUGGACGAAGGCGCACACUAUUACAGGAGAUACUUUCAUGGUCGAGAGCACCAAAACUGGUUCGGCAUGGACGAGCAACUUGGUCCAGUUGCGAUCAGCAUUCGUAAGGACGUUAAUCAGUAUAGAAUAAUUGUACGCACCUCUGAACUCUUGACGCUCCGUGGCUCUGUACCGGAAGAGGCGCUGGGGAUCAGGCCUCAGGGCAACAGGCUGCCCACCAGGGAACUUUUGGAGCUGGUAGCCCCGGAAGUGCAACUCGGGUGUCUCAGGCUCGGCACACCAGCCGCUGAGGAAGCUCUCGCUCGACUGGACGAGCAAGGACUCUCCAACAGGUACAAGGUCGGUGUCCUCUACUGCAGAUCCGGUCAGAGAACCGAGGAAGAAAUGUACAACAACCAGCACGCUGGCCCGGCUUUCCUCGAGUUCCUCGACGCUAUUGGCCAAAGAAUAAGACUGCGAGGAUUCGAAGGUUACAAGGCUGGCCUGGAUACGAGAACCGACUCGACAGGUACCCACGCGGUCGCAGCCACGCAUCGAGGAGCGGAAGUAACGUUUCACGUGUCGACGAUGCUACCCUUUACGCCCAAUAACAGGCAACAGCUGCUUAGGAAGAGACACAUCGGAAACGACAUAGUCACGAUAGUUUUCCAGGAGCCUGGAGCGCUGCCGUUCAGUCCGCGGAGGAUACGCUCGCAAUUUCAGCACGUAUUCAUCGUGGUCAGAGCCAUAAAUCCAUGCUCUGAUAAUACUCAGUACAGCGUGGCCGUGUCCAGAAGCAAGGAAGUGCCCAUUUUUGGCCCUCCUGUUACACCUGGUGCCACGUUCGCCAAGGGAAAGACCUUUGCCGAUUUCAUCCUGGCUAAGGUCAUCAACGCUGAAAACGCAGCUCACAGAUCAGAGAAAUUCGCCACGAUGGCGACCAGGACGAGGCAAGAGUACCUGAAAGAUCUCGCGACGAACUACUCCUCCACCACAGUGGUCGACACUGGACAGAAAUUUUCCAUGCUGUCGUUCAGCAGCAAGAAGAAAGCGGCGGUGAGACCAAGAUUGUCCUGCGACGCGUCGCAACGCGGCGCCAUAUGCUGGCAAGUGAUACUGGAGGACAGUAAUCAGAACACGGAUUGUUAUCUAGGAAUAAGCGUGGACACUGUCGUUCUCAUCGAGGAACACUCUAGACAGGUCGUUUUCGUCACCCCUUGUGCCAGCGUGCUUGGCUGGCACGCUCAAACGAACAGCUUGAGACUGUACUACCACCAAGGAGAGUGUAUAACGAUACACGUGCGUGGCGAUUACGGAGAAAGGGACGAAUUAAUGGAGAUCGUGGCUCGACUGCGCGCUGUAACUCAAGGGGCACCGGCUACGGAACUCUCUUUGAAGAGAAACAGUUUGGGACAAUUGGGUUUCCACGUUCAGCCAGAUGGAGUGGUGACGCAGGUCGAAAGCAUGGGCCUGUCUUGGCAAGCGGGAUUAAGACAAGGGUCCAGGCUCGUAGAAAUUUGCAAAGUAGCCGUAUCUACCUUGAGUCACGACCAGAUGGUCGACUUGCUCAAGACCAGCGCGCAAGUCACGGUCACCGUCAUACCACCGAGCAACGACGGUAAUCCUAGAAGAGGUUGUUCGCUGCAAAAUUGCCAGUAUUUGUCGAGCAACUACGAGGGUGACUACGAAAACGUAACCAGUCCAGAUAACACGCCGACUCAGCAAACAGCCAUGUCUCAUCAGAGACGAUACGAGCGUUCCUUCAGUCCGCCGAGAUCGAGCAACAGUUCUGGUUACGGAACCGGAUCUAGCUCUAGAUCGUUCAACGAUCCACGCUUUCCCAUGGAAGGAACGAUGACCAGCAGCAGCAGCGGGCACAGCAGCGCGGAUGAUCGCUGGUACGAGCUCCUAGAACCGCAGGACCAAGACAAUGGGCAUCGAACGGACGGCACUCCACCGCCGCCUCUCCCAGCGAGACAAAAUUAUCAAGUGGUGACGCCCAAGUCCUCCCAAAAAAAGGAGAAAGAGUCCCACUACGCCAGCAGCAAACAGUUUUCGGAGAACUCGAAGCAGCACCACGGUCACGAUCAUUAUACCAAGGACGGCAAUUACGCGUCGUCGAAAGCGAUACAGGAGAGCGCGAGACACGAGAGCUAUCAGAGGCAAUUGGACAACGCUCACAACCGUAGCCAGGAUCACGUCACCUCCAAUUACGUGAAACUCCAAAAGGAGAAAUACGAGAUCAAGCAGGAGAAUCUGUACGCGUCCCAGAGGGAACUCCACAAGAACGAGACGCAUCACGUCGGCCAUCAGAAGCUAACCGCGUCCAAUUCCCUUCCGUUGGCACAGAACGCGUCCUACAGCCUGCCCAAGUCCAACAGCAACAACAACCUGGGCAGGUACAACGACUACGAGCAGUCCAAGUACGACUACGAGGGCGGAAAGCCUGAUAGAAACUCGAAAUACGAAGCUCAGGAAGAGAAACUGUUGGAUAGAAGCGGACAGAGCAAGUACGAGCAAGAGGUGCGAAGCCACGAGAAGAGGACGAUGGGCUACGAGUACACCGAGGACUUGUACGAAAGGAGGAACAGUAAGUACGAUAUGGACAUCUCCAAGUACGAGUUGGAGUGUCAGCACAACGCCAACGAACGGAAGCACAUGGACAACGAGCAAAAUCGAGAGACUAUCAGGUACGAGAUACCCCACGAGUUCAAGGUGGGCGAGAAAGUCACGUGUCUAAAGACCACCAUGACAGAGAGGCCCGUGCCUCACAAGAUAAACGUCGAGUAUCGACAGACGAAAGACUUCACCGCAAGCCUUCCGCCAGAAGUUAGGAUUCCCGAUGUAAACUGCUCCGAAACCACUACUCUGCCCAGCGAGGACGAACUGUCGAACGGUUCUGGGAGCGUGUCGCCUAGACUGAGAAGAGCCAACAAGCAUCGCGGAGGAAAUGUCACCCCUUCGAGCGGUAGCUCCAGAAACCAGAGCCCCAGACCGAAACCAGGCGUACGGAAUUCUCACAGGAAUUCCGCCAACCUGACGUCCAGCACGCUGCAAGAGGAUCUGAUGAAACUGAUCAAUCCUGACUACAUCGCUGACGACGGUCAGAUAACCAACAACAACGUGAACGCAUUGAUCAAUCAGCAGAACUCAAACAAGAUCAAUAACAAUCUGCUCGAGAUCCAGAACAGAUGCAGGUCCAGGGAGAAUCUGUGCGGCAGCAGCGCCAGCACGCUGACCGUUUUGUCGACGAACGGACAGGAGAAUGGAAACGGGAACGGGUCAGAGGUGAUCCUCACGAUGGCCAGGCCGGCUACAGUGAUCUCCAACGCGAGCACAGCCUCCAGUCCUGCGCCCAGCGAAAACAAACUGUCGAAGGAAGAGAGAUUGUCACCGCGCGUCACCAAACCUCCGCAUUCGAUUUCCAAAGCGCCCAGCAACUUGACCUCGAUCAAAGACGCGAAAAACCAUAACGACACGGACGUAGACUGCUGGCAGAACCACCACCACCACGUGGACGCUAGGUCGAAGCAACACCCUCAGGAGUGGCCGGACGACAGGCUCAUCGACGGGUGCAGUAAUAUCGCUAAUUCCGUGUCGGAUUUGCAAACCCACCUGUCAUCCCUGGAGCUCAGGGUAGCCAGAGAGACUCGGCGAAGACUUUCUCUGGAAGACGAGGUCCGUCGUUUGCGGGACGAGAAUCGACGUUUGCAGGACGAGAGUCACGCGGCAGCCCAGCAGCUUCGACGUUUCACAGAGUGGUUCUUUCAAACGAUAGAUCACCAGUAAUAUUUAACAGUAAUGGUAUCGAUGAUUUUCAUUCGAAAAUAUUAGCGAUCGUUUAUAUUUUUCUCCGACGCGUAGUUCCCCGAUCGUGCCAGAGUACGAUCUUCUCGUUAAGAGCAGUAUUAGUUCCGCGUUUUUCCUCGAACGUCGUCCACGUAGAUUUUAAGACGCGAAUCGACGUUAAUUUAAAGCAAUUGCAAACGAAUUCGCGCGAUUCGAAACGAAGGCGUACAUACAAACGUACUGUUUAACGCGUUGAACGCUGGUUCCUACGAACCGAUGGUGAACUUCUUGCUUGGGCAGCAAAAAUAUCGACUUCGUGGCGUAUUGCGUUCAUCAGACCAUCGCAGCUUGUUAAACAGUGUAGCGAACAGUAAUAAUACUGAAAACGUAGAUUUAACAGUAUUUGCAAAGGAAACAUUUUUUUUCAUUCAAGUAUUAGGCUCUUUAUUUAUUAUUUUUUAUUACACAGAGACUGACGUCGUUUGAAAGUUCAGCGUCGGCGUGUAGACAACACCAUCGUGGCGUUUAACGUGUUAAGGAUGUCCAGAGAGGAACGCUUUUCCCUCGCGACAUUUUGUAUCAUAGAUUUUAGUUCUCGAUAGUCUUAAGUCGUACAAGUGUAAGUUACCUGUAUGCUCCGUUGAAACAUUGACGAGUAUUUUGCAAUGACCAGAGAGAUACCUGUAGAUUCGACGAACGUGCAGCCUCUGUCCAUUCGAAGAAACGUUGGUUUUCUUCGUCUUUUACUCGUUAACGAUUGUUGACGACGAACACGAAUGACGUCUUGCUUCGAAACGACCAAAUAUUACUAGUUGUCUAAGGAUUACUUUUCAACUCAUCCCUGUAAUUUAUUACGUGUUUUGUAUAAUCGUUCGGGGUAUUGUUAAUCGAGCCAGAAGGGAACACUCUCGUACGCGUAUGGAGAUGAAAAAUUAAAAAAAAAAAAAAAAAAAACAAAAAAAAAGAAAACAUUCCACCACGCACGAAACACGAAUUGUUAAUCAUUUUGAUGCCUCGAUCGUCCGUCACGAGGCUUUUGUUUAUUCUUCGCAAUAAGCUCUUUGUCUUCAUCGAGCGUGAAGACGUUAUCCAUCGAGAAAAGUCUGUAAGUUAAAGAAAUAAAAAGAACUGAAAAAUGCAUACAACGGUAGCAGUGGCGUCACUAGUUUUUGAUGUCACCCGAUGUGGCAAAAGUCAUGUAUCAUCAGUGAAGAAACAAUUUCUUUUUCUGUUUACUCUUAAAUGUCAACUUGACCAGCAAUAUUUACAGACAAUUAUUUCAACGUCCUAGUGACGUCACCGCGCAAGAAGAGAAUGUCAAUUUUUAUCGUCGACGAAAAUAAGGAUCCUUGUAUGGUGAAAUCGGGAUGAAAAAGGUAGGUGUUUAAAUAAUGAUAUGCCACGGUUAGAAUAAAAUAGUUUAUUGUAAUCCACAGAAAAAAAACAAGACAUUUCCAUGACGCCUGAAGACUCACUGUUCUGUGUGUCUGGUUUAACAAUAGCUGUGAUUACACCCUUUCCUGUUCGAGACCAACGGAAACGCGCAUUCGUGUAUCAUGUCAGAACGUCGAGGUGAGCAAUACAAGAGUAUUCGACCACGUUAUUUUACAGACAAAUUCUUUUACGUUAAUCCGCCGUUUUAACCAUUCAUUUUUUGUCAAUAGCGCGUAACAGAUUCUGUAUUUGUAUAUCUAUAUAUAUAUAUCGGAAUACCCAUUAUAACGAAAAAAACCUGGGACUGCUCUCACACAAUACUAACACCACGAAUGUAUGCAACGAUAGUCUCACUUUCGAAGCGACUAUUUUCGCUUCUUCGGUGUUCCGUGGCCAGUAAACAGAGCCGCGAAUCAUUUCUUCCAUCCAGAAAUGGGCAAAGUUUUCUCGAUAAACAAUUUCGAAUGAAAUAUUUUACACUGCAUUAAUUACCCAUUUAAUUGAAUAAAACGUCGCGAAUGAAACGGCUGGACGUUGGUUUUAUUCGUUGUGGACUAUUCGGAACGAAAGUUUGCCCAUCUCUGACAUUCAUCAGUUCGUUCGCUCCUUAAGUACAUGAGAAGGUAUGCAAUACCGAAUGUGGUUAGCGUUUAACGUGUUCGUAUGUUUUCGACUUAAGUUUAAUUCAGCAACGUAACAUUCGUUACGCGUUUGAAUGAAAUAUAUUUAUAUAUAUGCCCUGUGGAAGAUAGACCUCGAUCAAAGAGAUUCAGCGACGAGUGAUUAGCUCGAGGAAAUAGAAUUCUAUACAUGGAUCGACAGCUACCAUCUGUUAUCGAUUAACCGCGAAUAUCAUGCGUUUAGGGUGUAUGGUUAAUUUUCUUUUCCGUAUUAACAUACAUCGUGAACGCAUAAAAUCCGCAGUCUAGUUAUCGAGAAAAAAUACGAUGUAGAUAAUGAACACGCGAAGAUGACACUCGCAGUGAUUCAUAACACGUGUACCAGUAAAAUCAUCGAACCCUUAACGGUUCUCCCAUUCUCUAAGGCAGCGUUUCUCAAACUCACCUGCCUGGACACCCUCGAUAAUUGAAAAUUUAUUUCGAAUCCUCCAGAGUAGAUUAUGUUAUUAUUUCGCAUGACGUAGAUUGAAAAUUCGAUAUUCGUUACUCCUUAGGAGAAUAAGACCAAUCGAUAUUUUUCUGUUGAAUUUUCAAUCUACAUCAUCAUAGAGCAAAGGACGAAAUAACAAGCAAUUGUUGAACGAUUAAAUUAUUAUUUCAAUAUAUUUCAAAAAACUACUGUCUAAACAAGUUUCAAUUUAAUUUCAAUGGUAUCUGACAUAGUUAUAGCCCUGACAAGCUAUAUUAUAAUUUAUAAUAAUGUACUACAGUUGCGGUAUCGUUUGUCACGACUAUAAUUAUAUAACGUAAAAAUAUAAAACCAUUUAAAUUGAAAUAAUAGUUGGAAUGAUAGCUUGCUUAUAAAAAUAUACUAUAAUAUAUUAUUUAUAUUAAUGUAUUAUAAUAUAGCUUGCCAAGAUUACAAUUAUGUUGAAUACACACACAUAUAUAUAUAUAUUUUUUUUUUUUACAAACGAACUAUCAUGCCAAUCAUUAUCUUAAUUUUAAAUGGUUUCAUAUUACGUUACAUAAUUAUAGUUUCGACAAGCUAUAUCCUCUAAUGUAUAAUAAUUUAUAAUGGCAUGAAACAUGAAUCAAUAUACAUAUAAAGCCAUGUGACAAUUCAAUCAAUGAACUAUUAAUUAUUCUGAAAAAUGGAUUCAUUUUUAUUCAUUUUAAUUUAUUUUCAUAUUAAUUUCUAUAUAAACAGACUCUAUCAUAUAAAUUCAAUUUUAAAUUUGAGUAGAAAUGCUUAAAUUUUAAUAAGGAACGAGAGGACCCUAUAGAAUUUUAUAAACAUUCAUACGAUUUCAUUUUUCUUAACAUCUACCGAGGGCAAAUCAAGAUUCUUUUUAUCGUUUUAAUACGAAGGGACGAUUGUCAAAAAAUGUUUCGAUAAUUGGGAAUACUAUCAGCAUGAUCACCGACCUAGUUUGAGAAACACUGCUCUAUAGUAAUUAUUCCCUCCCCCCC